AUGGAAAUCAAUACUUCAGAGCUUGAUUUAUACGAUUUCACAACCUGCCCCUUUAACGAAAAUCACCGUCUGCAAUCACCAGAUCAGUUUAAAUACCACAUUUCUCGCUGCAAAGACCGAAAUUUCACUCACAUUAAACAUCAAAUUGUUUACUGCCCUUUCAACAUUUGUCACGUUUACAUAUCCCAAGCUAAAUUGAACUAUCAUGUUCCCAGAUGUACUUCUCACCCUUUGAGAGAAACAAUAAGCUCUAGUACGUUCGGAGAAAAGCCAAAAUCUCUUGAAUACACAGCUUGCAAGUACAAUUCAAACCAUCAGAUUCUCAAAGCCGAUAGUGAAGCCUAUCACAUUCACAUAUGAAGCUGCCCAAGCGCUAAUAAUCCUCAUAAAAGUCCACCUCCAAUAGUGCUUGACUUGACACUAACAGGAAUUGAAAAUAAUUCUCACGGACUUAUUCCGGUAUUAAGGUCAUUUAAUUAA